CGAAGGUAUAUACACCGACUUUGCUUCGAUCAAACAAUCAAAGGUUUAUCCGUCGCCGGCACUGUUCAUUGGCGAUCUUCUCCGACGUAAUCAACAUACAAGGAUUAUUAACUUCUGCAGCAGGUAGUUUUUUGUUGGUGAGAAUCAAAAUGGAGAUGGAACAGGAAUCAGAGUGGAAUGCAGCACAGAAUAUCUCGAUAAGUGAAGAUCUUGUGACUGCUGCUAAGCAUCAGCUGCAAUUUCUUGCAGUUGUAGACAGGAACCGGUGGCUUUAUGAAAGCCAGUGCUUGCAAUGGGCAAUCUAUAGGUACAAUGCAUGCUGGCUUCCGUUGGUUGCUAAACAUUCCGAGUCUCGGGUUACUGAAGGACCUUUAGUUGUUCCGCUUGACUGUGAAUGGGUUUGGCAUUGUCACAGACUCAAUCCAGUUAGAUAUAAAUCUGAUUGUGAAGAAUUUUAUGGAAGGAUUCUUGACAACUGUAAUGUUGUGUCUUCUGUUCAAGGAAUAUCAAGUAGGGAUACAGAAGAAAUAUGGAGCAAAUUAUACCCUAAUGAGCCCUAUGACUUUGACUUGGCACGUCCUUCCUCGAGUGAAUUUUCAGAAACUGUAUAUGGAACUCAAAGCUUUUCCAAGUACAAUUUUAUUUUAGCUAUUGAAAGACAGAGCCCGUUCUUUUAUCAGGUAUCCAGACCUCAUGUGAACAAUGAUCUCUUUCUUCAAGCAGCUUUUGCAAGAUAUAAAGGUUUUUUGCAUCUCAUCAGGAGAAACAGGGAGAGAUCCAUAAGACGUUUUUGUGUUCCAACUUAUGACAUUGACCUGAUUUGGCAUACUCACCAGUUGCAUCCUGCUUCCUACUGCAAUGACCUAGUAGAAUUACUUGGGAAUGUUCUAGAACAUGAUGACACAGACCAAAACAGAGGAAAAGGUCAGAAGCUGGACACGGGGUUUUCUGAGACUACCAAGCAAUGGGAGGAAACAUUUGGUUCAAGGUAUUGGAGGGCAGGGGCUAUGUAUAGAGGCAUUGCCCCAUCUCCUAUCACUACCACUCCUUGCAUACCAGAAAUUGCGAGCAAUAAGGCUGAUUCAACUAAUGAACUAGAGAGAUUGAUUGAUAUUCCUAAAACGAAUUACAUCGAGAUCCUUUUGCAGUGUGUGGAAAUCAAAAACUUACCAGAGAUUCAUAAGGGAAAAGUCGGUGUCUUGUUUAGUAAGGCACAACCCGAUGGAAUCUUCAAUGUGAAGCGGAAACUCUCCAUCCAGUCCGAGUUGGGUCAGAAACAGGUUGCUGUAUUUCAGUGUCAACCUAUGGGAUAUUUGUUCUUUGAACUUGUCUCUCAAUCAAAAAAGACCAAAACUCUGGGUUCCUGUUUUAUAUCUAUGGAAGAACUUUCUGGCCCUGUCUCUAAACUCUCGGUAGAAAAAUGGUUGGAUGUGGUUCCUAGUUCGGGCACCGUUGGCUCUGAACCUAUCCAGCUACGAGUUGCAGCCUCAUGCACCUUGCCAACUCCAGCACCACAUGUGGUUCAGAUGCUACGUUCUUCCCCUCUUUCAAAAACUCAUUGCUUUUUCCCACUUUGCGGUAUGGUGCGAUUCACUAGGAGUUGGACACGGAUUAUAGAUGCAGCUGGCUAUGAGAUCAUUAGACUUCAAAUGAGGGAGAAUAAAAAGUCGGCGAAAGAGAUAUUUGGGCUCACAAGAACAGGAGAAACACUUGUUCUUGCUCAAUUUCUUGGGAAAGAGUGGUCAGUGAUGGAUUCUUUAUGGUCUUUUAAGCUUCCGAAUAGCAAUGACCAAGAUGCCCACCUCCUGCUCACUGGCCCACGAAUGGUUAAACUAGUUUCUGGCAGAAAGCUCGAUUAUGAACCAAAACACAACGACAAGCGAGGAGACAAACACAGUUUCAUGACAGCAGUUGAGUUCUCUGCCGACCACCCAUAUGGGAGGGCCGUAGCAUUGCUUGACCUCAAAUCUGGACUUUUGACGGUAUCAUCAUCUUUCAUUCAAAACCUUUUACGAGUCAGUGGUCUUUACACAAACAUCCUCUCUACUCCAUUGGGGUAGAAGUAAGGUCUGCCUACAUUUUAUCCUCCCUGAACCCUACCCCGUGUAGGAUUUAUUGGAUUGGUCUUAUCUAUUCAUUCAGCACUUUUUACAGAAAUAGCCUCUCUACUCCACGGGGUAGAGCCAGGUAAGAUCUGCACAAAUGACCUCUCAUAGACUUGCAAUUUUUACUUUUUGUUCUCAAUUUUUACAGUUACAAGAAGAAUGGUUUGCAUUGCCUGGAAUACUGUCGGCCUAUAUAGUUUCUAAGCACUUGCAGUAAGGAAGGAUAUGAUAAUUGGCUCACUUUACACUCCACUUUUUGUACAAAUUUGAAGUCUGCACAGAAAUAAAAAGUUUCAGAAAAUACUCAGGAGGUUGUAAAUAGUAUUCACUUUUGCAUUCACAGGAUGCCAUAGUUGUCGUCUUCUCUAGAAAACCGAAGCUUUUUUGUACCUAUUCGUUUUCCUUUGUAUCUUACCACCUCCAAGGUUUCAACUGACCGCUACAAAAGAAUUACCAGGCAUCACAUAAAAGGUUUUGGUGUUAAUAGAUGGUAACAGUUUGUGUGUC